CAUAGCUUGCAUUAAACAAUAAAGUUGAUUUACCUUUGGGGACAAAGGCAAAAAAGAGAAAACAUUGUUUGGAGGUUUGAUGAUUGAAAAUUAAUAGUGGGGUGAAAGAAAGAGAAAAGCUGCCCCUGAAGUUUUCGUUGAAUCAUUAAUUUCAAUUUAAAAAAUAAACAAUUUCCCACCUCUCUCCGAUUGAGGCGUUCCCUUCAAAUUAUCUGGUCACCACAUGUAUCACUGCUACAACCAUCACCAUGCACUUCCAACCCCACGAACAUCAGCUGAUCCGCGGGCACAAAAACCAGAUCAUCACCUUCACAUCGCCCUUAGCCUCAUCCCCAACAGCCACCAACGCAACUCCGUCACCAACAACAUGGGUAACAUGAACAUCAUCAACAAUAACAUUAAUAAAUUACCACUACUUCCAUUUUUAGGUGAUGUUACCCUUGAAGAGCUCGAGGAAAAGCACUUUCCAGUGUUUGAACGGAUGUGUAAAGACCUUAACAGCAAAAGGCCUGGUGAAUGGUGGGACUUCGAGCGCUUAGCUUCCUGUUACGAUAAGAUUUCGCUCACAGAUCGCAACUCCUUGAAAAACGAGUUUCAGAACGGUGGCGGAAUUCCCUCUGACGUCUUAAUGAGUCAUAUAAAGACUAAAUACCCAGAUCAUACUGUUCGUCAUCUUGUUAGGAAUCUGCAAAGAAUCGAAAGGGAUGACAUAGCGCAAAGAUUAAUUCCAUACAUUGUGCGUAAACCCUCAUCCACGCAAGGGUACUAAUGGAUUGAUCUGGGAAGGGAGUUCUGUUCAGUAAAUUGCGUCCAAGUACCUGGAAUGAAAGUUUUGAAGCCAGAAAUAAAACAGGUUGAUUCAGGUCAUAAACAAUUUUCCUACAGAGGAAAUAAGGAGGAGAAUGGUUCUCUGAUGCAUUAAUUUCUUCGAAUAACUAUUUUUGGAAAUCUAUACGAAGACAAUGAUUAUUUUAAGAGAGACGUCUCAUCAGUUAAAAAUUGUCAGUUACUUGCUACCACAGCUCGUCGCAUAAUCCGCGUUUUUUGCCUGUCGAUUUACUGUGAGUUAGCUUAACAACAACAAGCCAAAAAUUUGGAUCGAUCUGGCCACGAGUUACGGGGGCACAAAAACAUUUCUUUUUGUAGGUGUAUUUCCUCAUCUAUUCAUUCACUGGUCGAAGACUCCAAUUGCUUUUUUUUCUGUUUGUUUUUUGGCUAGUCUCCAGUUCGCAGCCGUUAUUUGCGUCGUCUCAUAACGUUUCUCCACACGGCUGCGAAGGAGACUAGUUUUUGGCUUGAGAAUGUUCUAUAUCUUACUUUAAAAAUUGCCCUUUUAGAGUUUAGGGGUUAAAAUAAAUUUUUACUAUAGAACUGGGACAUUUGCAUGUCUGCUGAUAUUGUAAAAUGAAAUAGAACCUGCAGGCAGGGCUCCAAGAAGUAAAUAAAUGCUGAGAGCAAGCGAAAUAAAUAAAAUAGGAAA